AUGAACCACUUAGACGGUACAGUGGAAAUAUCAAAGGAGCCAUUGAUUUGUCCCAUCACAUUUGAACUCUUUGACGAUCCUGUUAUGGCUGACGAUGGUCAUACCUAUGAAAGAAGAGCCAUCGAAGAAUGGAUAAAUAAUAAUCAUACAAGUCCAUUAACUCGACAAACACUAUACAUAGAGGCAUUGCGUCCCAAUUUUGUUGUACAUCAACUUGUAGAAGAAUUCAAAAAAGUUGCUGUGCGUCAGAAAUAUCAGUAUAUUCUCAAUGAAGAUGUUAGAAAAAAGCCCAAUAGACGGCCUGUAUUUUCAACCGCUGGAAAACAUAUUUUUGAAGCAGAAUGGGUGCGACUGAAUGGACCACCCAUUGUUUUAUUACAAAUAACUGGUGCUAAAGCAAAAAAAGAAGCAUCGUAUUAUGCUGAUUUGAGCCAUCAUCGAUAUAUAAUCAAGACAUAUGGACUGGUCCUUGUGCCGUCGAACACACCAAACAACAAUAUGGUUACUCUGCUUCAAGAAUUGGCUCCUGACAGAGACUUAUACAAUUUUCUUUUGGAUUUAGGCAGAACACCCAGUGAAAAUAUUCUGCGUGUGAUAUUCAUACAAAUAUGCGAAGCAAUGGAUUAUCUUGUACAAAAUACAAUCGUUCACGGAGACUUAGCAUGUCGAAAUGUGUUAGUGUUUCGUUUUGACGAAAUGGAACCCGAAAACAGUUUUGUAAAACUCACAGAUUUUGGUCUCAGUCAGAACAGUAUGUUGUAUGCAUCUGUAAACUCUUCCGCUACAGCCAUAACCACUAUUCCAUGUCGAUCCGCUGCACCUGAAGUUCUCCGGGAUCCUAAUUCCCGUCUUUCCUAUUCAGAAAGGUCGGAUAUGUUUUCAAUGGGUGUUUUGAUGUGGGAAGCCUAUUCAAAAGGUGAAAUACCUUGGUCAAAUAUACAUGAUGAUAACGAAAUUCGUCACCUGGUUUUACAAGAGAAAAGAGUUGAACAGCCGGAGAACUGCCAAAACAAUAUGUGGUCAAUUAUUUCAAAAUGCAUGUCACAAUGUCCAGCCAAUCGACCUACAUUUGCGCAUCUCCAAAGGUCCUUAGCACCCACAAGAAUACGUUCCCCGCAACCGGCAACGUUAAGCAGAGUGGUAAGCUAUAGUUAA